AUGAUCGAUCCAGCUAUGGAUUCCGAUUCCACAAGUGAAACUGCACAGCAGUUACGGCAGCUGCUCAUCAAGCGAAGACAAAUAAAGGGUUCACUAACGCGUUUUAUAACGUAUCUAGAAAACUUUGAUAAAAGCGAAAUAAUUCAAUUAGAGGCGCGUUUAGAGCAAGCCACGGGAUUGUUAGACAAUUUCAAUACAGUACAAGAUGAAAUAGAGAUUCUCAGUGAAACUGAGUUAAGUUCAAGCGAGCCUGUGACACAGUGGAGUACUUUGCUAAUUUAUUUGAUCACAAAAAAACUCGAUCCUUCAUCGGAAAAGUCGUGGGAGGAGCACGUAAUCUCACGUCAAAUUGAAUCGCCUGGUAUAGAUGAUUUAAUCAAAUUUUUAAAUGCUCGGUGUCAAUUGCUUGAGGCCAUAUCGCGUGAAAAAUCUGAUAAAUCCACAGGCAGAGCACAGAAUACAUCGGUUAACCACAAGAAACCUGUAAGCUUGAAUAGAACAUUUUCGGGCGCAGCAAUCGAAGCAUCAUGUGUGUAUUGUAACGGUCAGCACGCGAUUUACUUGUGCGAUAAAUUCAAAGCAUUACCAGCCGCAUCUUUGCGCCAAGAAAUUCAAAAAUUAAAAUUAUGUUGGAACUGCCUCCGACAAGGCCACCAGAAGGGUGAAUGCCGUUCACGGGGGUGUAAGCGAUGUGGCGCCAGACACAACACGCUGUUGCAUGAAUCAUCUCAUCACAAUGCGGUCCCUGCAUCGACGUCGUCUGCUACAGGGUCGGCACUGCUCGCGAGUUCUGAAUCAGCGGCUACCAGUGGCGUAGCAAUCGCUAAGGGUUCGAGUAGCGCAGUACAAAAAAAUGAUGAUCAGUCGACAGGGUUGCUUGCGGGUAGCUGUGUGGACCUCAAAAACAGAGUUUUAUUAUCCACGGCGAUAAUUUUACUCAAAGAUGCGGAAGGGCGAUGGCACGAAUGUCGCGCUUUACUUGAUAGCGGAUCGCAACCGAACUUCAUCACGAAACGCACGGUGGAAUUGUUGAAAUUAAAGCCUAUGAAUAGUAGAAUACCGGUAUUAGGUGUAGGCAGUUCUGUUCCAAAGGCAUGUCAAGUGGUAUCUACAGAGAUAAGGUCUACCUGCACGACGUUUUCUACAAAGCAAACGUUGUUAGUGUUGGAAAAAAUAACCGAGAAUCAGCCGAGCGUAUCUUUCGCCCCAGAAAACUUGCGUAUACCGUCCAGCGUACAGUUGGCGGACCCACGUUACCAUAAAUCGUCAGAAAUCAAUGUUCUCUUGGGAGCAGGAUUGUACUUAGAACUAUUGUGUUCUGGUCAGAUCCAAUUAGGGCCAGGACUACCCGUUUUGCAUAACACGGUAUUAGGCUGGAUUAUAUCGGGGAAACUUGAGCAGGAACAAUCCGAUAGUACGGUAGUGUGCAAUCUCGCCGUUAGCACGAGACUUGAAAGCCAGAUCGAAAAAUUUUGGCUCGUAGAAGAAGUCUCUAGACACAAAACAGAAAUACCCGAGCACGAUGAAUGCGAGACUUUAUUCAGAAAAACAACGCGACGCGACGAACGCGGACAUUUUGUUGUCACCUUACCAAUAAAAAACAAUCGAAUUGUAUGGCGUGAAAACACAAGUGAAGACAUAGCUCAUUAUAAGUUAAAUACAAUCACGUACGGCACGGCAUCGGCAUCUUUUCUCGCAGUUCGCUGUUUACAACAAGUUGGUCAAGAUAAUCUCGAAAAGUAUCCUAAGACUAGUAAAGUUAUCCUAAAUGACUUUUACGUCGAUGACCUGAUCAGUGGAUCAGACUCGGUAGAUGACGCAAAGCAGUUAAAAAAUGAAUUAGCCGCUAUACUUGACUCGUAUGGGUUCCCGUUGAGGAAAUGGUUGUCAAACCGCGUCGAGACGUUAGAGCAAACAGUUAACAACGAAUCUAAUACGUUUCAGCUGAAUAACGAUGAGACGCGCAAAACAUUGGGUGUAUUUUGGAAUGCCCAAUCUGAUGUAUUCAAAUAUACAGUCGAAAUAGAUCAGUUCGUACUAAAGCGUAUCACGAAACGAGGUAUGUUAUCCGCCAUCUCGAAGAUAUUCGACCCGUUAGGGAUACUCAGCCCAGUGACCGUAACCGUGAAGUUGAUGAUACAAGAGCUUUGGCAGUUAAAAGCGGGAUGGGAUGACAUAGUCACUCCUAAGGUUUCAAAAGGUUGGACUAAGUUCAUAAGUGAGUUAUCGUCUAUACAAGAAAUCGAAACACCCCGACAAAUUAUUAUGACAAACGCAACUCGAAUCGAGAUUCACGCAUUUUGCGACUCAUCACAGCGGGCAUACGGCGCGAAUCUUUAUGUAAAAAGUACCGGACCACAAGGUUCAACCGUAAAUUUGCUGUGUUCAAGAUCUCGGGUUGCACCGUUAAAGGCUAUAAGUCUGCCACGGCUCGAGUUAUGUGGAGCACUCCUAAUGGUACGGUUGGUUAGUAGAGUCAUGCAAACUAUUGAUACGCACAUUAAUCAGAUUUUCUACUGGACAGACAGCACAAUAGUCCUGUCCUGGAUCUCGGCUCCACCUAUCAAGUGGAAACAGUUCGUAGCGAACCGUGUCACAGAAAUACAGAAUGUAAGUAAUAUAACCCAGUGGAAUCAUAUCUCGUCUCAGGAUAAUCCUGCAGACAUCGUGUCGCGAGGUCUCAGGGCCCCCGAACUCGCUACAUGUGAGCUCUGGUGGCAUGGGCCAUCAUGGUUAGCUGAGGACGAGCAGUCCUGGCCAAGACCUAGUUUUAAAACUGCAUCCAAUAUUGAAAAUAGUGUUUUGGAGGCACGAAAAUGGUCCAAGGAGUACCUUCAACUAUUGCAAGUUCGGACCAAAUGGCUCAAGGCGGAUACGCAAGAAAUUCAUGAGGGAAAGCUAGUUUUACUUCUCGACGACAACCUGCCUCCCAUGCUAUGGAAACUGGGACGCAUCACCAAACUACACCAUGGACAAGAUGGAGUUGCCCGCACUGUAACCGUGCGCACUGUCAAUGGAGAAACCACGAGAGCUGUGCAGAGAGUAGCCCUUCUACCAGUUGAAGAUUUUCCUAAGAACAGUGUUGAAAGCCCUGCUCAUCAGGAUCUUUCAAGGCCGCCGGAUGAAGAAGAAAUCUUUACAGUUUCUCCAAAUAUAAGAAAAUACUUAGAAGUGAUAAUGGCAAGGCAGAAAACAGACAUCUUGUAUGUCAAUAAUAAACUAGGGCUGGUUGAUAUACGAAGAGGCAUUUUCCAAGCUACUGCAGCCAGGCACAGUACUGUGACCAGGAAGCAAAGCGCUGCUACGAACCACUGGAACCGGCAAACGGUACCCAGCGAGUCCCUUAAGCCAGCCAAGAUCACCACUGCGGAAGCAGGUACAACCAAACCGGAUACCAGCAAGUCUGCCAGGGCUACCAUCACCAAAAAAGUGUUCCCUGAAAGCAUCACUUGAUUAGAUUUGUGUUACUAGCCAAUUAAAAGAAAGCUGCACCACUCUGUACUUGCUUACUUGCUCUGCGACAUCCACUCAAGGACAUUUAGGUAUCUAUAGUCAACGCCAAACAAAGUGGCGUGCACGUCAUCACGAUAAAAAUUCCCCGACCUAAUGCCUAGGUUUCUA